AUGAAUGCGACCAAUACUCAAGUGCAAUCCAAUCGACGUUUACAGACAUGGCCGUUUCAAAGACGCAACGCUAUUUUCAUCGGACAUACGCGCAGUGAUACAAAUCAUGAAAUGAAUGAGUCGGAGCUUAAUUUAGCACGCCAUGGUUCACUGAAAUCGAUUUUCAUGACAGAUUCAUCGAAAACAAUCCAGACCAGUGAGCAUAAUCUGGCAGUACAUCUGACAACAACAGCCAUGAAUACAAGGAAUGUUCAAACAACAAGUUUCGUCAAGAUCUCGCCACCGAUGAAUGCCGUAGAGGAUUGUCCAAUUUGCUGUGAUAGUUUUUUGUUCAGUGAUCUCAAACAAAUGCCAUGUUGCUCAGUUAGAAUUUGUUCCAUUUGUCUCAUAACUCAUACAAUAACCAAUAUCAACAACGGCAAAGUUCAUAUCGAAUGUCCAGCAUGCUCCGAACAGAUGAAUUCUUCCACGAUUUUAUAUAAUAGCGAACUGCCUGUUCAUCUACGAGAACGGUAUCAACAUAUUUUAGCACAAGAUCUAUCAGAACAGCAGAAUACGUGCAUUAAGCUAUGUCCACAUUGUAAUUACAUCACUGUUAUCGACGAGCAGCAUCGGAAAAAGUACGGUAAACGAUCCCGAAGGUCAUCUGAACGAUGGGUACACUGUGAACAAUGUGGCAAGGAUUGGUGUUGGCCAUGCUAUGCACCCUCACACGCCAAUGAAACCUGUCGACAAUUCAAGAAAAACCAUACUCAUGUCGAUAUAUGGGCGCGAGCACGUCGUCCAGAUAAUAAAAACCAACGAAAUGCUCAACGUUGUCCGAAAUGUUCGAUUUAUAUCGAGAAGAUCGAUGGCUGUGAUCAUAUGCAGUGUAUGAAAUGCAAUUCGAAAUUCUGUUAUCGUUGUGGUUGUCGUAUGCGCUUGCCAUUUUAUAUAGGUCACGAUGCGAAAUAUUCGAUAUUUGGUUGUAAGUACAAACUUUGGCCAGAUCGUCCAUUGCUACGCUGGCUUGUGCGAGGCUCAAUCUUUGGAAGUAUAAUUUUAUCCAGUCCAAUUGUCAUUGGAGCAUUGAUCGCUUUAAUUGCGAUUGGCAUUCCAACAAUUUUGAUUAUCGGUUGUUUUUCUUUGCCUGUAUUUUUGUGUUUGGAAUGUCGAAAACGCACGUAG